AUGGGGACUACAGGUGACGACAUGGCUGCGGUGGAGCAGAAUACCUCCUUGAACCCGCUGUGCUUCGAGUGUGGCCAGCAGCACUGGACAAGGGAGAACCACCUCUACAACUACCAGAACGAAGUGGAUGAUGACUUGGUCUGCCACAUUUGCCUUCAGCCCUUGUUGCAGCCAUUGGACACUCCCUGUGGACACACUUUCUGCUACAAGUGCCUAAGGAACUUUCUGCAGGAGAAGGAUUUCUGCCCGCUGGAUCGGAAAAGACUCCAUUUUAAACUCUGCAAAAAAUCCAGCAUUCUUGUUCAUAAACUGCUAGACAAGCUAUUUGUUUUGUGCCCCUUCUCUUCCGUGUGUCAGGAAGUCAUGCAGCGAUGUGACCUGGCAGCACAUCUCAAAAACAGGUGUCCUGGGGCUUCUCAUCGAAGGGUUGCUCUGGAGAGAAGGAAAACAAGCAAGCUGCAAGCGGAAGCAGAGGGCGAGAGUGGUCCCGGUGGGACGGAGCAGCCUAGCAGUUUAUCUCCAGAAGCAGAUCAGGGAAUAGUGCCAGCCGAGCAGAGCUUCACCUCGCCCGCCCUUCCUGCAUGGACGGAUGAGCCCGGCAUCGACAAUCCGCCUUUUGAGGAGAACACAGUAGCAGACACAAAUCAACAGCCACCUACCUUGCCUGAAGGAGAGAUCACUACUAUUGAAAUUCAUCGGUCCAAUCCUUAUAUCGAAUUAGGAAUUAGCAUAGUGGGUGGCAAUGAAACGCCUUUGAUCAACAUUGUCAUUCAAGAGGUUUAUCGAGAUGGGAUCAUUGCCAGAGAUGGAAGACUUCUUGCUGGAGACCAAAUACUGCAAGUUAAUAGCUUUGACAUAAGCAACGUGUCUCACAACCACGCUCGAGCCGUGCUUUCCCAGCCUUGCUCGGUGCUGCACCUCACCGUGCUGAGGGAGAGGCGGUUCGGCAGCCGCACACACAACCACGCGGACACCACCAGCUCCUUGCGGGAAGACAGCUUUCAAGUGACGCUGCAUAAGCGCGACUCCAGCGAGCAGCUUGGCAUUAAACUUGUACGCAGAACAGAUGAGCCAGGAGUUUUUAUUCUCGACCUUUUGGAAGGGGGGUUGGCUGCUCAAGACGGCAGGCUCUGCAGCAAUGACCGCGUACUUGCGAUUAACGGACAUGACUUGAAGCAUGGGACACCUGAGCUUGCUGCUCAGGUUAUACAGGCUAGUGGGGAGAGAGUGAAUUUGAUCAUCUCUAGACCCCUGAAGUCACAGACGGUCAGCAUUGUCCGAGACACCGGGACUCACAACAGCAACCCACACCAACACCAGUCCCAGCAGCUGUUUCACAGCAGACCCAACUCACAUAAGGAUCUCUCCCAGUGUGUUACAUGCCAAGAAAAGCACAUUACUGUGAAAAAAGAGCCACAUGAAUCUCUGGGAAUGACAGUGGCAGGAGGCAGAGGCAGCAAAAGUGGCGAACUGCCCAUCUUCGUGACAAGCGUGCAGCCUCACGGGUGUCUGGCAAGAGACGGCAGGAUUAAACGAGGUGACGUGCUGCUGAACAUCAAUGGCAUCGAUUUGACUAACCUAAGUCACAGUGAGGCGGUGGCCAUGCUGAAAGCUAGUGCUGCUUCUUCUGUAGUUGCCCUGAAAGCCCUGGAAGUCCAGAUUGUAGAAGAACAGCCCCAGGCUAACGAAGAACAAUUGAGUACCAUCAGUGAAAAUGAAUACGAUGCCAGUUGGUCACCGUCCUGGGUCAUGUGGCUGGGACUUCCAAGCUGCCUACAUAGCUGCCAUGACGUAGUACUGCGGCGAAGCAAUUUAGGGAGCUGGGGUUUCAGCAUCGUCGGAGGCUACGAGGAGAACCACACAAACCAGCCUUUCUUCAUUAAAACGAUUGUUCUUGGAACUCCCGCAUACUUUGAUGGAAGAUUAAAGUGUGGUGAUAUGAUUGUUGCUGUAAACGGACUAUCCACGGUUGGAAUGAGCCAUUCUGCACUCGUUCCCAUGCUGAAGGAGCAGAGGAACAAAGUAACUUUAACCGUGAUUUGCUGGCCUGGAAGCCUCAUAUAAAUUUGGGAAUCGCUUUGGUUCAAGCAGCUUCUUUUUCUAGAUAGCUGGCACAAAAAUCUCCUCUAUCUUUUUUCCCCUAUUGAUACAGCUGGUUAUAAGCAGGGCCAAAACUGCUGUAUUUUCUUUUUUUUUUAUAGGGCUGUCAGACUCACUCUAUGUAUCUUUCCAUCCUGAAAUAGCCAUUUCUGUUUGCUAUAUCCAUUGCUGACGCAAAUGCAAAUAUACACGAGCUCAGAGAGAAACUCGCACUCCGAUACGGCUGUCAUUGAGCUUUCCCCGCCAGGCUUGUAGAGUUAGCAGAAGAACUUAGUGGUUCUUUAGGUUUCUCUGCACAGUCCUCAAGUUAUACGUGAUAUAUAAACCUAAUAGCCAUGUGCCCGUUCUUCCCUGCGAAGAGAACGUGUGUCAGUACCGCAAUGACACAUCUAUCUGCUGCUAUGAAUCAAAUUCUGUUUCCAAAGGU